GGCGGGGCACUGGGCGCGGGGGCCCGGCUGAGCCGGCCGCGGAGCGCGAGCCUGCCGCGGAGACGACGGAGGCGGACGCGGGGCGACCCCGGCGGCGGCGGGGGGAGCGGGAGCCGCCUGGGAUGUUCAGUCAUGAAACGGGUGCGCACCGAGCAGAUUCAGAUGGCCGUGUCCUGCUACCUCAAACGCCGGCAGUACGGGGACGCAGACGGCCCACUGAAGCAAGGCCUGCGGCUGUCGCAGAGCGCCGAGGAGAUGGCCACCAGCCUCGCAGUCCAAUCAGAAUCUGGUUGUGCCAACAUAGUGUCUGCGGCCCCUUGCCAGGCAGAGCCCCAGCAAUAUGAAGUGCAGUUCGGACGGCUGCGGAAUUUCCUCACCGAUUCUGAAUCCCAGCAUAGCCAUGAAGUGAUGCCUCUCCUGUACCCCCUCUUUGUCUACCUCCACCUCAACCUGGUCCAGAACAGUCCCAAGAGCACAGUGGAAAGUUUUUACAGCCGCUUCCAUGGAAUGUUUCUGCAGAAUGCCAGCCAGAAGGACGUCAUCGAGCAGCUGCAGACCACCCAGACCAUCCAGGACAUCCCGUCUAACUUCCGGCUGCGGGCCUUCCUGGACAACAAGUAUGUGGUCCGCCUGCAGGAAGACAGCUACAACUACCUUCUCCGCUACCUCCAGAGUGACAAUAACACCGCGCUGUGCAGAGUCCUCACCUGGCACAUCCACCUGGACGUGCAGCCCGCCAAGAGGACGGACUACCAGCUCUAUGCCAGCGGCGGCCCCUCCCGGGGUGAGGGCGGCGGCCUGGAGCCUCCCGACGUGCCUGCGCCCAUCCUGCAGAACGAGGCCGCGCUGGAGGUCCUGCAGGAGAGCAUCAAGCGUGUCAAGGACGGCCCCCCGCCUCUCACCACCAUCUGCUUCUAUGCCUUCUACAACACGGAGCAGCUGCUGAACACGGCGGAGGUCUCCCCGGACAGCAAGCUGCUUGCCGCUGGCUUUGACAACUCCUGUAUAAAACUGUGGAGUCUGCGUUCCAAGAAGUUAAAAUCCGAACCGCAUCAAGUAGACGUGUCCCGCAUCCACUUGGCUUGUGAUAUCUUGGAGAAGGAGGAUGACGAGGACGAUAACGCAGGCACGGAGAUGAAAGUCCUGCGGGGACACUGCGGGCCAGUGUACAGCACCAGGUUCCUUGCGGACAGCUCAGGGCUGCUCUCCUGCUCUGAGGACAUGUCCAUCAGGUACUGGGACCUCGGCAGCUUCACCAACACCGUGCUGUACCAGGGCCACGCCUACCCCGUGUGGGACCUGGACAUCAGCCCGCAUAGCCUGUACUUCGCCAGUGGGUCCCACGACCGCACGGCCAGGCUGUGGUCGUUUGAUCGGACGCACCCGCUACGCAUCUACGCCGGGCACCUGGCAGACGUGGACUGUGUCAAGUUCCACCCCAAUUCAAACUACUUAGCCACGGGCUCGACCGACAAGACAGUCCGGCUGUGGAGCACCCAGCAGGGGAACUCGGUGAGGCUCUUCACGGGCCACCGCGGCCCCGUGCUCUCUCUGGCCUUUUCCCCCAACGGUAAGUACUUGGCGUCAGCGGGCGAGGACCAGCGGCUGAAGCUGUGGGACUUGGCGUCCGGGACCCUCUACAAAGAGCUUCGGGGCCACACGGACAACAUCACCAGCCUCACCUUCAGCCCGGACAGCAGCCUGAUCGCGUCGGCGUCCAUGGACAACUUGGUGCGCAUCUGGGACAUCAGGAGCGCGCACUGCAGCGCACCCGCCGACGGCUCGUCCAGCGAACUCGUGGGUGUCUACACCGGCCAGAUGAGCAACGUGCUGAGCGUGCAAUUCAUGGCCUGCAACCUCCUGCUGGUGACCGGAAUCACACAAGAAAAUCAGGAACAUUGAUUUUUAUCUUUGAUGUAACGGACUGGGGCGUGUGAAGGGCUCCAGACGGCAAGUCUUAGGACAGACGGAUGGAAUCACUGACUGUGAAGGACUCCCCGCGUCCCCACGCAUCCCCCCCUCGCGCCCCCUCGUCCCGCGGACAUCCCAAGCCCGCCACCCUUCGCUGAGCCCCCAAGUGUGGAAGGACAGGGGGAGGAAGGGCAGUG